AAACUGUGACACAACACAACAAACUGAAUUGGAGAUUUUGAUGCUGUUACUCGUCGUUAGGCUGAAAGUAGCAGCUUUAAAAGCAGUUUAAAGGACUCUUCUUGUUUCUAAACCUGGCUCCGAGUCGUCAAAUAUGUCGUUUGUGAGAGUGGGGCGUCCACAGCAGCACAGCAAAGGAAAAAGGCCUGUUCGCCCAAAGAAAGCAACAACAGCUCCCAAAAGAGAGUGGGUGAGCACUGUCAAUGACCUGUCGGUACACAAGCUGACACCUGCAGAGCUGAGUCAUCGGCAUGAGAUUCACAAGUCUCACAACAAGGCUGUGGCUCAGUGGGAGCUCAAAGAAAAAGCCUUAAAACGCCGUUUCAGACAUGCAGGGAGCCCUGCACCUCUGGACCAGGCCAGCCUCAGCAUCAUCAGGGAGGUUUUCUCUGAUCAGCUGCUGCUGCAGGAUGUACUGGCCAGGUCUGACAGAGCCAUGGCUGUAGUGAAGGACCUGUUUGGAGAUGCUCCACGCAGACAGACUGGGCAUCCCAGUGUGACCAUAGCUCCAAACUGUGACUCAGAUUCUGAACUGCCUGUUCACCAGAGACCAGAUCCUCCAACUCAUCUGUCCCUCCUCAGCCAGUCUAUGAUGGAUCAAGAGGCUCUUAAUGAGUUAGAAGCUUCGGAGGAAGGCCACAAAGACAUAAAUGCCCAUCCUUCUUGCAGUUCAGAGUAUAAUGUCAUCCGAAGGACCAAUGUAAGAAAAAUGAAGACUCAGACGAGGAGUAGGGUGAUGCAGCAACAGAAAGUCCAUCAUUCUACCUUUCAUCAGGAAGACGAAGAUAAUGUUCCCGUGACGCCCUUCACAUCAGGCAGAGCACCAGACCAAGCAGCUCUCAAUGCCACAGUGGCUGUUCAGCGUGUUCGAUCAAAACAGAGUCAGUCAGAGGAAGACAAAGAGGAAACUUCAGUCCUGGUUUCGCAAGUCUUAAAUCCUGAACUGCCUCUCAGCCAAUCAGGAAGGAUCAGAAAUCCCACCAGCAGAACCAGGAAGUGUGUUUCUCAUAGUUCACAGCUGGAUGGCUCCUCUGUUGCCUCUCUCAGUGGGGACCAGUCCAGUCUGGGACUGCUGCAGUCCAUGCUGGGUCAGGUGGAGGCAGACCUGGAUGCUCUGAGUCCUGACACAGUAGCAGCAUCAGCACAGAGUCCAAAACAGCAGAGAACACAAGGCCUCACUGGAUUCUCUGUCGCCUUGGUCUCCACACUCGGACGUGUAGUGCACCUCCUCAAACAGAGGGAAGACGAAGCUCAGAAAGAGGCUGAGGAGAGGAGAAGACUGGAGGAAGAGGUGAAAGAGCAGCGGGGCCUCAUUGAUGCUCUCACUGCUGAAACCAUGACUCUGAGAGAAGAAGCUGCAGCCCUGCAGGCAGGGUUGCAGCAGCGGACAGCAGAACUGGAGCAGAAGUUGGACUCAGUGGUAUUGGUGAUGGGAGGUCUUGGACUCCUGGGGGAACACAUCAGCCCACACCAAGACUCUGAUGUCCACGCUGCAGUAUCUCAACCUGCCCCCAUUGCUGAACAAGUUCCUGAGAAAACACGAGUUUCUGUUUCUCCUGCUGUCCUGCUCUCCCCGCCUCGUCAGAGCAACAACUGGCAUCAGAGUUCUGUGACUCAUCCUGUGCCACUGCAGCGUAAUCCUGUAGAAACCCUGCGUUCCUUUGAGGACUUCCAGGCUCAUGGAUCAGCCUCUAGUCUCAACAGUCUACUGCUCACCAGACUUACCUCCACCUCCUCACUAUCACAGAUCUCUGACCCUCUCCGCUCACACCUCUCUCCAAGUGCAAUGCUGGCUGAGAUAGCUCAGCUGAACAGACAGAACGACCUGAUCAAGGUUCAGCUCAGCCAGGCUAAAGGCCUUGAGUUAAAGUUCGGGGUAUCGCUGGACAAUAGCAGCGAACGUAGCAGGUCGAGCUCCAGUAGCACAGGCAGAGUCACUCCUCAGAGUGUUGAAGGGAGAAGGACAUCUGGGUCCAGCAGCUCAGGCAGACGGAGCCAGAAAAUCCAGACUCCUGAGAAAGAACAGCUGACUCAACAGGCAAAGCCAUCCAACACCCUGAUUACAAACCAUGUGGAGCAGCGCCUCCUGGAGCUGAACAGGCAGAGCGCAGCCGCCAGGGGUCGACUGCUGGAUCUCAUUGAGCAGCAGAAACAAAAUGUUUCAGCCAGAGUGUCUCCGUCUGUCUCCCCCAUCCCUCCCUCUGCCUUCAGCCCAAAUACAGCAGCUGAAGGAGGAAGCCGAGAGGUGUCAGUGCUGCUGCCUGAACGGGAGCUUUGGUCGAAUAGUGGAGGCGACAGACGAUACGCUGGUUCUGAUGUGUCUUCUCACAGUUCUAGAAAAGAAAGCAGCGAUGGCAAAACACAGAUGGACAAGCAGAGAGAACGAGAAGGUUGGUUUGCCUUGUCUGCACACGUGAGAUGACAGGAGGAGGGACGACCAAACAAACCUGAGGAGAUUCAGUUAAAUGCUGCAUUUUUAAUAUUUUAUCCUAGUAUUUUUAAACUACUGAAUAAAAAUGUUUACAUUUUUAUGAA